CUGGAGACAAACGCACUCAACUCAUUCCUCACUCCUGUGUUUUUCUUUCGUUUACUCUGAAGGGGUGCCCUGAGAUCACUUAGAAAAAUGGUGAAGGCCGUUGCCGUCCUUAGCAGCAGUGAAGGUGUUAAGGGAACUGUUUUCUUCACUCAGGAGGGAGAUGGUCCAACUACCGUAACAGGGAACAUUUCUGGUCUAAAGCCUGGCCUUCAUGGAUUCCAUGUUCAUGCCCUUGGUGACACAACAAAUGGUUGCAUGUCAACAGGACCUCACUUCAAUCCCGCUGGAAAAGAGCACGGUGCUCCUGAAGAUGAGAAUCGCCAUGCUGGUGAUCUUGGAAAUGUCACUGUUGGUGAUGAUGGCUCUUCUAGUUUCUCAAUUGUCGACAAACAGAUUCCUCUCUCUGGGCCAAACUCCAUUAUUGGAAGAGCCGUUGUUGUCCAUGCAGAUCCUGAUGACCUUGGCAAGGGUGGGCAUGAACUUAGCAAAAGCACAGGUAAUGCUGGUGGCAGAGUAGCUUGCGGUAUUAUCGUAUAA